UGUGUUUUGAAAAACAAAAUAAUUCUCUUUAAAUUAACUUUCUUUUCCUUCUCAAAUCCCACUUUUUUUAAUUAACCUUCCUAAUCACCUAAACAAUUAACUAAUUCUCUUAAAUUGUCUCUUGUCCAUUCCAGAGAAUAAUUAAUAUUCUUUUUCUCUUCUCUUUAACCGAUCUUUGUGUUUCUCUUUUUUCUCUUACUCUCUUUUUCUCUAUUCCUCUCUGUCUGUGUGUCUUUUCAUUCAAACAUGAGCUUAUUAUUAUUAUUAUAAAAGAGACAACCAGGGAAUCACUUCGUUGUUAAUUUUUCUCUUCUAAUUGUUGAUUAACAAUUAAUCUCUAAUUAUUGUGUAUUACCUGAGUUUUUAAAAUUCUUCAUCCUUUGUCUUUCUCCUUCUUUUCUUUACAUCACCUCUUUUGUUUUCUAUUCUUUCCUCUUUCUUUAUCUUUCACUCUGCUGUUUAUUUCAUAUUAAUACACAUUGUGAAAGAUUUUCUCUCUUUUUUUCUGUCUUUCUCUUCUCAUCUCUAUAUUUUUUCUGUCUAUUUUGUCUCUUUAUCUCUUGGGUGUCAAGUCACACUGUUUUACUUGGUUAGUAGACAGUUUUAAUGGUUAAUUGAAAAGGUGGAUUUUUAAUCGUUUCGUUAAAUUGUCUUUCUUGUUACUCUGGUGUCACUUUAAUUGUUACUUAUUGGUGUGUUUGGUAGACAUAAACGGAAACAUGUUCUGGACAACUGAUGCUGCUCUUGUAUCACCCAUCAAUUCAUUGCUUGAAGAUUCUGAGAAUUUAUCUUUGGAAAGUCUAUUGGAACAAGAAGAUAUUCUCCAUGAAUGUAAAUUGGGAAAUGAUAGGCUAAUUGAAUAUCUUUGUAAACCGGAAAUCCUUAAACAAUUAGUCAUGAUGGUUACCACUGAGCCUCCGGAGGAUGAAAAUGAAAAAUUAAGAUACAGAUACGCUAAUAUGGCUUGUGAGGUGUUAUCAAGUGAAAAGAGUCUAAUGAAUGAAACUUUUGCUUCUAAUCCUGAUCUGAUUUCUAUUCUAUAUGAUAAGCUACAGUCUAGUGAACCAUUGAAUCCACUUAUGGCCAGUUUUAUAUGUAAAAUAUUAUUCAGUGUACCUCAAAAUUCAACCAAUAAUGUCCACUUAAAUCGAGAAGGUUUCGCCUCCUCUCUAAUCAAUCAUAUUGGCACCUCAGCGGUGAUGGACCUACUUUUCAAAUCUUUCGCCCGUCAGGGUACACCCGAUGUCUCAGCAACCUACAUGAAUUUUUAUCAUAAACAAGGAUUAGUCAAGAAAUUGAUUGAACUUUUCAAGGAAGAUGUUGACCCAUCAGCUCAAGCAAAUUCAUCCCAAUUACUUUGUGACAUUAUAAGAUUCAGUAGAGAACAGCAAACAUGUAACCAAGAAAAUAUUGAAUGUAAUCCACUAUUUAGUGAAAUAGAAUCGACGUCAACAAUUACUCAAUUGUUGAACAACAUGUUUGAAGCAAGAACCGAAUCUUGUCUAGUUAAUGGUAUCCAAGUUUUACAAGCCCUUCUCGAGUAUCAGCGUUACCGCGCCAACCUCCCGCCAAAACAAUCACCCAUUGAUAUUUACGCUGAUUCUAAUAGUGGAAAUGCUGCAGUUAACACGAUUGAUGGUAUUGAUAAUAUAGAUAAAAUGUCUUAUCCAUUAUUUUCUGUUACCAAUACAGCUUUGCCUGAUACAAUGACCGCAUUAGAUAUUGAAAGAUUAACCAAAAGUGUCCGUCAGGUUCACGCAGCGAUUGUGCCUCGACUAGAAGAUUUUCAUUCCUUACUUAUUAAUCCACCAACUAAACAACCCAUUCGAACCAUUAUCGGUUUAAUUGAGAAACCUUUCGGAGCCACUCGAGUGGAAGUUGUUCAUCUAAUACGAGCUUUAUUAAGUAGCAAUAAUCCAACAAUUAACAAAAAAUUAACUUCCCUGAAAACAUUACCUGUUCUAAUGGAUCUUUUCUUUGAGUAUCCAUUCAACAAUUUCCUCCAUACUCAAGUGGAACAAAGUAUUAAUUGUAUUUUAGAUAACGCUAAAUCUACCUCACCGAUAACCAGUCCCACUGGUGGUUUAGAUGAUGAUGAUAAUGAGGAUACAAAGGAAAAGGAAGUUACUGAAGAAAAAGUUGCUGAUGUUAAAACUGAAGGUGAACUGGUUGAGAGUAACAAUAGCGAUGGUGGUGAUUCCACAUCCACGCCCAGUAAAAAUGUUGGUAAACAAGAGAGUGAUACAUGUGAUUCGAGUAGUAAAACUUGUCACAAGGAGAUUGAUAAUGAUGAAAAUGUAACCUCGUUAGUUUACCAAUUAUUAGUAGAAUACAAUUUAAUUGGGAAAAUACUCGAUGCUUACCAACAAUCAGUAGAUAAAAAAUCAAUUUCUAAGCCAAGUUACCUUGGACAUAUCAUUAAGAUUGCUAAUCACAUAUUGUCCACUAAAGAUGUUACUGUGGUCAAAAGUUGCCUUGACCAAUUACCCUCGGAAACACAAGAAGCCUGGGCCAAAUGGACAGUGGAAACACUUGAAGAUAUCAACUCAAAAAUGAGAUCUCCUUUGGUUUCCGAACCAUCUGAUCUUGAAAAUAAUUAUUAUUCCGAUGAUGCUAUGGUCAACCAAAUACAAGCAACAGUUAAGUUUGAGCUUCAAAAUAUGUUCAGUACCUGGUUUACUAAUUGCGAUAAUUUAGAUGGUUCAAAUCUUCAUGAUGAAACAAUCAAAUCAGAGGAAGAGGAAUUAUUAUCAUAGAAGAAAAAAAUUGAAUGGACACCACAAACAAUCAAAGAAAAGAGGAUCAACCAAUUCCUUUCCAAAAGAGUCACAAAAACAUUACAAUGAUCCUCUUUAAUUGUCUCGUCUCUCGUUUCCAAAAAGCAAUCAAACAAGAAAAAUAAGGAAAAUCAUUUAUGAUUUUAUAUUAUAAACUUUAAUUGAAAUGGCAAAAAAAGUUAAAUAAUCUUUACCAGUUUUCAAUUUGGAUUAUUAUCAAUAGAUUUAAAACUGAAUUAGCUUUAAGAUUUAUAAAAAAAUAAUAGAAACUUGAACACCAAAUAAGACGAAGAACAGAAAAACUGUACAAAAAGAAACCAAGAUUAUAAUCUAUUCUAAAUUCGAAUCAGAGAAACAGAAAUUAACUAAUUGCUAAAUUUGUAAAACUUUUUCUUUUCUUUCUGUCCAAACAAAUUCUGUUCAACAGAAUUUCUUAAAUUGUAAUUUCAAACUUUCCCCUUUUCUCUUUCUCUGUCUAUUUAACUUUUUUUCUUCUCUAUUCUUGUGUGAUCUCGAUUAAUAUUAAAUACUUGAUAACAAUUAACACAAAA